AUUAUGAUGGGGCGAGGAACUUAAAAAUGGGAGAGGAGUAUUACGCCAAUCCCAAACGAGAAUAUUUUUAGGAUCUGAAUCAAUCAGAAUCCCAAACAACCUUUUCCCGCAACGACGAGUCACCUUUACAGCUUUUACUUGGGGCAUGUGCUCCCAACAUCAUCAAAAGCUUCCAUUUCCCCGUCCCUUAUAAACUUGAACACACACAACGAAGAGAGUGAAACAGGGCGAGGCAAAACAAUGGCUCAACUCUCCGAGACCUACGCGUGCGUGCCGUCGACGGAGCGCGGCCGCGGGAUCCUGAUCUCCGGCCACCCCAAGUCCGACACCAUCCUCUACUGCAACGGCCGCUCCGUCAUCAUCCGCCACCUCGACCGCCCCCUCGACGUCCACGUCUACGGCGAGCACGCCUACCAGGCCACCGUCGCCCGCUUCUCCCCCAACGGCGAGUGGAUCGCCUCCGCCGACGUGUCCGGGACCGUCAGGAUCUGGGGCACCCACAACUACGACCACGUGCUCAAGAAGGAGUUUAGGGUUCUCUCGGGCCGGAUAGACGAUCUCCAGUGGUCGCCCGACGGGAUGCGGAUCGUGGCCUCCGGCGACGGCAAGGGCAAGUCGUUGGUUCGCGCUUUCAUGUGGGACUCAGGAACUAAUGUUGGAGAAUUUGAUGGCCAUUCGAGAAGGGUUCUGAGCUGUGCAUUUAAGCCAACAAGGCCAUUCCGCAUUGUCACAUGUGGAGAGGACUUCCUGGUGAACUUUUAUGAAGGUCCACCGUUCAAAUUCAAGCUAUCUCACAGGGACCAUUCAAAUUUCGUCAAUUGUGUACGGUUUUCUCCAGAUGGUGGCAAAUUCAUUAGUGUAAGCUCUGAUAAGACGGGUAUUUUAUAUGAUGCAAAAACUGGAGCAAGAAUUGGUGAGCUGUCCUCAGAUGAUGGUCAUAAAGGAAGCAUUUAUGCUGUUAGCUGGAGUCCUGAUGGUAAACAGGUGCUAACUGUGUCUGCUGACAAGACAGCAAAAAUAUGGGAGAUUUCUGAGGAUGGUAAUGGAACAGUGAAGAAAACGCUGACUUGUCCAGGCUCAGGUGGAGUUGAAGACAUGCUAGUUGGGUGUCUUUGGCAGAAUGUUUAUCUAGUCACUGUUUCUCUUGGUGGAACAAUUAGCUUAUUCUCUGCAAGUGAUCCUGAUAAAGCUCCACUACCCUUGUCUGGACACAUGAAGAACAUUACGUCACUAUCAGUGCUCAGAAGCAACCCAAAAAUUAUAUUAUCCAGCAGUUAUGAUGGUUUAAUAGUUAAAUGGAUCCAAGGUAUGGGAUACAGUGGUAAAUUAGAAAGGAAGGUGAAUGCUCAAAUCAAAUGUUUUGCAGCUGUUGACAAAGAGAUUGUUUCAUCUGGAUUUGACAAUAAGGUGUGGAGAAAUUCUCUACUUGGCGAUGAAUGUGGAGAUGCUGAUUCUGUUGAUAUUGGCAGUCAGCCAAAGGACUUGAGCCUUGCCAUUGGUUCUCCUGAACUGGCCUUGGUUUCAGUUGAUUCAGGAGUUGUCCUUCUAAGUGGUGCGAAAAUCCUCUCAACAACUAACCUUGAAUUUACUGUGACAGCAUGUGUAAUGGCACCAGAUGGAAGUGAAGCCAUAGUGGGUGGCCAAGAUGGCAAACUUCACGUAUUUUCUAUCAAUGGUGACACUCUUACAGAAGAGGCAAUACUUGAAAAACAUAGGGGUGCUAUUUCUGUCAUUCGAUACUCUCCAGAUUUCUCUAUGUUUGCAUCAGGAGAUGUCAAUCGAGAAGCAGUCGUCUGGGAUCGUCUCUCCCGAGAGGUGAAGCUUAAGAACAUGUUGUACCACACUGCACGCAUAAACUGCAUGGCUUGGUCUCCUGAUAGCAGCAUGGUUGCCACCGGGUCCCUCGACACGUGUGUAAUUAUAUAUGAGGUCGACAAGCCAGCAUCAAAUCGUAUAACCAUCAAGGGGGCUCACUUGGGUGGGGUUUAUGGAUUGGCUUUCAGUGAUGAGUGCAGUGUGGUGAGUUCUGGUGAAGACGCUUGCAUUCGCUUAUGGAAGUUGACCCCAGAAUAGUGUUAGACGAAUGAGGUAAAAAACAACUCUUGUUACAAUUAGGUUCUGAUGGGUUUGGUUUGAUUUGCAUUUAGUUUGCAAUUCAGUGGUGAAUCUGUUGAAUAGUUUGUUUUCUUAGAAUGGGAUUGUUUGUUGAGGAAAUGAUUUACGAUUAUAUUCUGUAAAAAUUACUCAUCCAGAAUAAUAUGGCCAUAGCAUUUUUUCAAUUAUGAGCCACAAUGGUGAGUGUUGCUUUCAUAUGAAAAGACCACAACCGGUCGCAGCGUGCUGUGUGAAGCUAUGUUUGUAUAGCUGGCACUAACCUUUUGCCAAUGACAUUGUAUUCCUUCUCGUUUGUUUGAAAAUCAUGUUUGGAUCA